AUGACGUGCUCCAAGCUGCAGCAGCUGCUGCUGCCUCUGAUGGCGCUCUACUUCUCCAUGGCCGCAGCGCAGGACUCGUCCCUGCGCGGCUCCAGCUCCGCGUCCUCCUCCUCGUCGGACGGCGUCGUGGGGAACAUCUCGGACACGAUCCAGGUGGGGCCCAGCAUCGCCGCCGUGAUCGCCAUCGUGGGCGGCGCCGCCAUGACCACGUGCGGCUACAAGCUGCUGCGCCCCACCAUGUUCGCGUGCGGCUUCCUCGUGGGCGGCUACAUCGUGUCCGCCAUCGUGCUGUACAUCGUGGACGGCCACUCGUACGAGCGCACGGCCUUCUGGAUCGCCUUCCUCGUGGGCGGCCUCAUCCUCGGCUCGCUCGUGGUCUCCAUCUACAACGCCGGCAUCUUCCUCAUCGGCGCGGCCGGUGGCGUCUUCCUGGCCACGGUCGUCAACGCGUCCUUCGGCUACCGCAUCUACCCGAACGACCCCAGCACGGGGCUGCUCAUCCUGGCCAUCGUGCUGGGGCUCAUCUGCGGCCUGCUGGCCUUCAAGAUCGAGCGCCUGGCCAUCAUCGCGGCCACGGCCUUUGUGGGCGCCGUCGUGCUCAUCAACGGCGCCGGCUACUUCAUCGGCGACUUCCCCAAGCUCACGGACAUCAAGGACUACCGCUACAAGGACGAGGACGGCGACUACGUGUACGACAUCCCCAAGGAGUGGUGGGGCUACCUCGUGGGCAUGCUCGUCGUCUUCCUGCUGGGGCUCGCCAUCCAGAUCAAGAAGACGGGCAAGAAGUAA